AUGUGCAAAUGCCAAGGGGCGGAUCCGGAGGCCUUCCAGCUGCUCUCGAUGGGUCUAUAUCCUGGAUCUUUCAUCCGCCCUCGAACUUGCUUCACGUUCCGCGUCUUGGACGAUUUCCUGCUGGCCAACAAAGUUUCUGGAAUGGCAGCUCAGAGCUACUUCGAACGGUUGCGUCGCCUAUCCAAUGCCGCCUUUCCUCAGCGAGUGCCGGAUCGCUAUUGCGAGCUUCUCCGCUGCAGCCGACAGUGGCGCAAUCUCAAAUAUCGCAAAUGGCGUGGGUAUGGGCAUACAGAAGAAGAACUUGGACCGGGAAGACUGGCACUGAGCUGCGUAGCCUGCCCUCACCCCGGCGUCAAUCUCGAAGCAGACUGGGAAAGAGACGUUGAUUCCUGGAAGCAUAUGGCGUCGUUUGUCAUGGACGGCAAUUUCAGCGCGGAGCAUUUGAAGAUGCGUCGACCAGCGGACGACAUCCCACUCGCGGAUGGGCAAGGGUUUAUGGUCACCGAUGGGCGGUAUAAGGAGCACCUCAAAGCGGCGGUGGACGUGCGCGAGAAAUCAAACUGCCACGCUCACCGAGCCGUCAAUCAGGCAAACGCCGAUCGCCACGAUAUGGAAGCUACGGGCAUUGGCGCCGUCGCCUGUGGAAGACACGGCUGUUUCAUCCCGCAUUCCGUAGUCGAUUUUCAGAAAGGCGAAAGGUGA